CUUCGGUUUCUGCCCCGACGUUUCUUCGUGGCUCCAAGGGGUAACAUAGUGACUCUCAUUUUAGGCAAGGUGGCCGCCACGAUGCGCAGCCAAAGCCACCCAUGGGAAUGGUUGACACCGCAGCAGUGGCUUGUCCUUCGCAUGUGCUUAAUUCUAUCCCUCGCCCUCGGAAACCAUGCGAUCGAUGGCUCCACGCAAUGUGGAAUUUCUAAGUUACAAAGCAGAAACGACCCAGAGACAGCAAAGCACGGCAGCCUCGCCAACCUCCUCUUUCCUACCUCAUAUUCUCUCUCAUCAGCUGCUGCCUGUUAAGCUUGAGCGACUCGCGCUCUUGCGCUUUGCCGCAUCAUCGGCUUCAUUGUGUCUACCAUUCCAGCCCCGGUGCCCCCGUAACACAGGUUUGGAGUACGGGGAGGGCCGGGGCGUCAGCCAUGAAGCAAGGUGGCGGCGGUUUGGAAUC